UGCUUGACAUUUGACAUUCUAGGUUAUGUUUUUUCAGUAGAUAAUUGCAAACAAUUCCAACUUUUCUGGUUUGUUUGUAUAAUAUAAAUAUUUCAUAUUUAUGUCCAAUAAUAAAUGAAAAAGACUAUCUGAUUAUCUACAAAAACCUGAUCCUUGCCUUUCUCGUUUUAAGUACACUAGUGGGUUUCAUUGUACUUUUUGUCAGUCACUGCAUAGAGCCAGUACGAGUCAAACCUUUUAAAAGCUUUUAUGAAUACUAAUUAGUUGUUGGAGAUGUCUCUACAAAUGCUGCUUAGAACGCACCCUCGAGUUUUAAAUUUAGCGAGAACGUUGUUUACUUCUAGGAGCUUAAAUAAGAUCAUUGAUAUAAAGGGUAACGACGAGUUCCUUUCAAAAGUAAUGAACUCGGAGCAUCCAGUAAUAGUAAAUUUUCACGCCGAAUGGUGCGAGCCUUGCCAUAUUCUAACACCAAAAAUGAAGGAACUGAUUGAGCCAAUGCAAGACAUAGAUUUAGCCAUUGUUGAUGUAGAGAAUCAUGCAGAAUUAGUACAUACGUUUGAGGUUAAGGCUGUGCCAGCAGUUAUCGCCGUUAGAAACGGCUUGGUGGUGGACAAGUUUAUUGGCCUCGUUGAUGCCACCAUGAUUGAGAAUCUUGUGACGAAGUUAGGACAAAAACAGUAAACCCACAUUGUUGACAAAGAAACUUUAAGUCAAUUUUGCAAUUUUAAAUUUUGAUAUUUGUCAUGUUUGUGUUAGACUCUCCAAUGUACAUAUUUUUAGUUGUAAAUUAGAUGUAAUGUUAAAUUGAUUUUGUUAAGAUUACAGUAAAAUAAAGGCCAUAGCUUGA